UCCACUCUGUUGAGUUUCCCAGCUGACAGGUUAAGCACGCGGUGAAAGAUCUCAGAGACUUGACAAUGGAUAUCGACGAAGAUAUGGGUGAUUCUUCAGCACCAGAGGCUCCAGCCACUAAAAUGUCCAGACAACAGAUAUUAACACUUAUUGCAAUGGCCUCCAUAAACUUCAGUUCAAUGAUCUGUUACUCCAUUCUGGGACCAUUUUUCCCAAAUGAGGCAAAGAAGAAAGGUGUCAGUCAAGCUAUGAUUGGUUUAAUAUUCGGAAUCUAUGCAUUAUGCACUUUGGUGGGCUCAUUGAUACUUGGUAAAUAUAUUGUCCAGAUAGGAGCCAAGUUUAUGAUUGUGGCAGGGUUGUUCGUAUCGAGCGGAUGCACUGUACUCUUCGGAUUUCUUGACCAAGUGUCUGAUGGGACAGUUUUCAUCGUGCUCUGUCUUAUUACACGGUGCAUAAAUGCAAUUGGCUUUUCCGCCGCCGUUACAUCAUCCUUUGCAGUUUCAGGAAAAGUUUUCCCCGACAACAUAGCGACUGUUUUGGGCUUCAUGGAGAUUUUUACAGGUCUUGGCCUGAUAUUGGGGCCUCCGUUGGGCGGCUGGCUCUAUCAGUCAUUUGGAUAUGAAAUCCCAUUCGUUUUCACAGGAUGUCUUCUGUUUGCGACAGUGCCUCUUAAUUUGUGGAUUUUACCGAGCUUUGAUGCUGUCCCUUCUUCCCAGAAUUCCUUCCUCAGAUUGUGUACCAGAAUAAAGAUCCUUCUCAUCUGCUUCGUGGUGUUCACGUUGAGUUCAGGACUUGGCUUCCUGGAUGCAACACUGUCCAUAUUUGCCAUAGAAAAGCUUAAUCUCAGUGCUGGUUCGGUGGGGCUGCUCAUGAUUGGACUUUCACUGCCAUAUGGGGCGGCAUCGCCCGUCUUUGGUGUGAUCAGUGAUAAAUAUCCUUCCGUUAGGAAAUGGAUGAUGGUGGUUGGAGGAAUGGCCACAGCGGUGAGCUUCUGUUUCCUCGGCCCACUUCCUGUUUUCCAUAUUAGAAGUCAGCUCUGGCUCACCGUCCUCAUGCUGAUCGUGGUGGGCUUUUCUCUCUGUAUGAGCUGUAUCCCCACCUUUGCUGAGAUGAUCGCUUGUGCACAUGAAAAUGGCUUUGAGGAGGGCAUGAGUACACUGGGGUUGGUGUCAGGCUUGUUCUCUGCAGUCUGGUCUGCUGGGAUGUUCUUUGGGCCAACUAUUGGAGGAUACAUCACACAAACACUCAACUUUGAAUGGAGCGCAGGAGUUCAAGGCGCACUCGCCUUUCUCGCUGUAAGAAAAAUAAAUUUCCGAAUAAAAGCGUAAC